CUCCCCAAAGCGGUGGCGGCGGCAGCGGCAGCGCGCGGCUUGGUCUCCGGCCCCUCCACUCGGCGCUUCUGCAGCCGCCACUGCAGCCGCGGUCGGGGCGUCCUCCCCUGCACACCGCGGGCGGCCCCAGCCUGGUGCCUUGGAAAGAAAAAAAGGGCGCUUGCUUGGAUUGACACGUUCGUGGGGGGCGGAGAGGACCCAGGUUCUGCGCCCUCACUUGCCCCGCCUGCCCGCCCGCCCUUUGCUCCUUCUCUCCUUUGCGCGCACAUUGCCCCACGGCAGCAGUCGGCAGUCGGCGGGACUAGUCUGGGCUCCGUCUCCUCUGGGCUGGUGGGAACCUUGUGCCCAGCGAGGAAGUCUUUGGGCCCGGCCCCUCCCAGCCCAGCGUUCAUGAGUGCCCGGGCGCCCAAGGAGCUGAGGCUGGCGCUGCCGCCUUGUCUCCUCAACCGGACCUUGGCUGCCCCCCAUGCAGGCGGCAGUAACGCCAGCGCCCGCAGCCCAGGAGCAGGCGGCACCUGCAUCACGCAGGUGGGACAACAGCUCUUCCAGUCCUUCUCCUCCACGCUGGUGCUGAUUGUUCUAGUCACCCUCAUCUUCUGCCUCAUCGUGCUGUCCCUCUCCACCUUCCACAUCCACAAGCGCAGGAUGAAGAAGCGGAAGAUGCAGCGGGCCCAGGAGGAAUACGAGCGGGAUCAUUGCAACGGCGUCCGCAACGGCAGGGGGGUGUCCCGGCUGGGGCCCCCGGCCCAGGCCCCAGCGCCAGCGAAAGAAACCCGGCUGGAGAGGCAGCCCCGGGACUCUGAGUUCUUUGCCUCUUCGUCCUCCGCCUUGCCUUCCCCCUGCUCCCCGGGCCUCCCAAGCCAAGGCCCCUGCCCUGCUCCCCCUCUGCCACCAGCCCCCAGUCCGCCAGGGGAACACUCGGCCUCCUCCUGUUUGGACACAGCUGGCGAGGGUCUCUUGCAGUCGGUGGUACUUUCCUGAUUGUCCGACUCCCCUUCUUCCUUUCCAGCACCUUUGCCACCCUGCUCUCCUCCCUUUGUCCUUCUUGCUCCUCCACCCUCUCACCCUUCCCUGGCUCUGUUCUCCUCCGCCGAGGCACUGUGCGGUAUCUGUAAAUAUUUGGGCAAGGAAAGUCUCGGAAGAAGAACUAACGCUGAUAACAAUAACUCAUUAUAUUUAUAGUAAUGAUUAUACUACUACUAACACAAUCCAAGCGCAUGACAAAUCACCUAAUUUCUCAUUGUCCAUGAAGGAAACAUCUUCCCCUUACACCCUGCGUCCCCUUCAGUUGGGAGGAGAAACCGCUUAAGCUACCAAAUAUAUCAAAGGCACUGCACCCCAGAGCAAAGGGAGUGGAGAGGACCGUGCGUUGUGUACAUAGCCGACAAGUUUAGGUCCAAUUACCUACCUCCCCACCCCCAAGCUUUCACUUCUCCUUGGGUGUCUCCCACAUUCUCACCCUCAGCUGGGCUCAGGCAGUAGUCUAAAGAAAACGUCUGCGUAAGCACCAGGACUGCAAGAGGCCACAAAAACAGUCCCAGAAAAACAUUUAUGGCAGGUAUGGCUCUCACCCCUUCACGAACCAUUCCCUUUUCUGGGAAUAGGCAUUUUAAACUUUACUUUUAGAAGUGCCCCUCGCUGGCCGAGCAUAAGUAUAAAAUAAUUAAGCGAGCUACUAAAUAAAAGCUAAAACAAUCUGCUUUUAAGCUCCUUGCCCUGCCCAGCUGUACACAUUGGACUAUUGGUAUUUUCAGGAUUAAGUGGAAUCGGGAGCUGUUCAGCUGUGUCUGGUGCUGAAAGUGCAUCUUGGAGCUGGUUCCUUUCUCUGGCGAUGCAGGUGGAGGAGGGGCUGUUUUGGAAAGUGACUACUUUGCUUGGUGUUGGUUUUUUUCUUCUACACUUUGCGUGUUAUGUUAGUUUUAUUAUUAUUACUAUUAUACGCUGCAUACGUUACCUUUCUGUAAAAAAAAAAGCAUUAGCUGACGUGUAGUACUGAAAGUGCAGUUAUCUAACCAAACAGAAUGUUUGUUUUAUUUUUAGAACAAGUGCACCUUUGUUAUAUAUUUAUUAUAUUGGCACCAAAUACAGAAGCAAACCACAGUUCUGUACCAUAUCCUCCAAACUGUAUAUUUUUGUUCUUAAUUUCCAGCUGUUGAUACAAUGGUUACCACUGGAAGAGGAAUUCGGUGGUUCAGGCUUGGCUUCUGCUGUUUUGGAAGUGUUAUUUUGUACCUUAUUCUGUAGUUGACUGUUAUAAAAACAUGACACAUAUGUUUUCUUUUUUUCUUUUGCGAAUAACAGAAAUAACCACCACACUAGAAACGAGUAAUGGAUGUGCAGGAAUGCCAUCUAUUAAAACAUGGUUAAUAUUUAAA